AUGCUGGCUCAAAGAUACGUGGCCAUUGUGGCCCUGUUUAGUCUCGGCCACACCAAGCCCACAGCCAAGGUGCUACAGUACGAUGAUGUUAUUGUUGCUGAUAGGGAUGGCUCAAUCGUGGUGAUGAAGGAUUACGAAUAUGAGCUUCAGGAGGCACGCGAGACGUUGCAUCGCCGAAAGGCCGACCUUGCCCAUGUCUCGCCUCGAAGAGAGACGCAUACAAACCAAAGACGGUGUGACGAGACUAUAGAAUACCAGGUGCUGUCGUCUGACGUCCACGGCCUGUCGAUUCACAAAUAUCUGCGACAGUUCUGA